UACAACAUUUAUUUUGGUAAUCCAAACAGGAAGCGGUUUUGUUAUAUGUCCUCCUUACUUAACAAUGAUUUCUAGAACCUGCAUAGGAGGGCCAGCUGGGUGCUGAGCAUCUUCCCGGGGAGGGGUGGAGGCGCAAUGUUUACACUUUGCAGUUUUCUGGAUAAGUAGCCGCCGGCCUGCCCGCAGCCAUGCCGUAAGAGACCUGCCUGCCGGCCGUGUCCAUGAAGCCUAACGGCGACCGCAGCCGGGAGGAAGCGGGAGGGUUGUAACCGAAGUUGGGAGGAUGCACUGGGCUGCUGGGUUCGCCUCCUCAAGGCCGUGCGUGGUCGAACUUGGGCGGAAUCACAGCCUUCCGCUCGGCCUGUGCGGCCCCGAGCAGCAGCAGUCGCUGUAUGGAUACAUCAUCGCUUUCCCCCUGCAGGACUACGGGGGCAUCAUGUCGGCUCUGGGCUCGGAGUCCUGGUGGAAGAAGACCCUGUACAUCACCGGGGGAGCCCUGCUGGCUGCCGCAGCCUACCUGCUACACGAGCUGCUCGCCAUCAGGAAGGAGCAGGAGUUGGACUCUAAAGAUGCCAUCAUACUCCAUCAGUUCUCCAGACCAAAGAAUGGCGUCCCCAGCCUCUCCCCCUUCUGCCUCAAGAUAGAGACAUACCUGCGCAUGGUGGAUCUGCCUUACCAGAACUACUUCGAUGGGAGGCUGUCGCCGCAGGGAAAGAUGCCAUGGAUCGAGUACAACCACGAGCAGGUGUCAGGGUCCGAGUUCAUCGUGGAUUUCUUGGAGGAGAAGCUUGGGGUCAACCUCAACAAGAACCUCACCCCUCAGGAAAGAGCCGUGUCACGGGCUGUCACCAAAAUGGUUGAAGAACACCUCUACUGGGCAAUAGCCUACUGUCAGUGGGUGGACAACCUGGAGGAAACGCAGAAGCUGCUGGCAAUGAGCGGGCCCCUGAGCGACACACUGAAGUGGCUGCUGAGCCACCUGAACGGCGGCAUGGUGCGCAGGGAGAUGUACGGCCAUGGCAUCGGACGGUUCUCCAAGGAGGAGGUCUACACACUGAUGGAGAAAGACAUGAGGACGCUGGCUACUCUGCUGGGUGAUAAAAAAUACUUUAUGGGCGCUAAGAUGUCAACAUUAGAUGCCACUGUGUUCGGGCUCCUGGCUCAGGCUAUGUGGACUCUACCUGGGACACGACCAGAGCAGCUCAUCAAAGGGGAGCUGAUCAACCUGGCCAUGUUCUGCGAGCGGAUGCGGAGACGGUUCUGGCCUGAGUGGUUCGUGGAGGUGGAUGAUCUUUAUUACGACGGGGACAGCGAGAGCAGCAGCAGCAGCAGCGGCGGCUCUGCCGCGGGGCUGCCGGACUUCGGCCUCUUCUCUCGGACUGACACUCUGGAUGACAGCGACGGCGGCAGCCACUCAGCAGGGAACUCCCACACAGCCUCCCCUGUCUCAGACCACUCACUCUUUGAUUCGGACGUGGGAACGGGGUCUGACAAUGACACCCUGCUCAAGGAGGAGUUAAUGCCCGACCUAGAGGUUUGACUAAUGGCUUGCGGACUUAUUAAGAGCGACAGAGGACUGGAAUAGUCUACCCCACAAGCUGUGAGGUUUUGAUAAUCGAAUCUGGCUGGGACAGGCUGCCCAGACAACGGCUCGUACAUCUUUGGAAACUAUUCCAGCUCCUCCACCUCCAAGACCCAGCAUGUUACAGCUUCCUAACAAACAGACUGGGUGUUUAUAUGCAGAGGACACAAACUGAACCUCCUACUAUUACAUGCUACUGUACGGUUUGUCCCCUCCUGCAUUGCCAGGAAUGUCCUUGCGGCAGUUCCUCUUUGCCUUAUUUGUCUCGCUCUCAGAUCCAGGAGUUGCUGUGAGGUUGUCUGGAAGUGAUCGUCGGAUUCCAUGAGAAAAAGAGUGUUGCUGACAAGACAGGUGGCACUUCACUUGCUAUGAAAUGAUACAACUAAUCACCACUCUGCCAUGCUUCAUAACACCAAACCCAUUCCAACAGGUGGCGAUUGAUCAUGUGGUUAAAAAGGAACAGCUGCCGUGCCUCUGCUGCUUACCAUCCGCGCACUGAAUAGUAAGCACAGAUGACACUGAGUGCCAGUCCGUGUCCUAAACUCAUCCUUGUGUCAUUUCCUCGUGCUGCUUGUGUGGAGCAUCAAAAUGCUGUUUGACCGUCCGAAUCGUCCCACAUCCACAUGUAGGUCUGUGGAACGGAGAGCACCCAGAAAGGGAGAGAUGUGCCGAUUUGCACCUCUUUCUUUCACCAGCUAUAACGUUUGUUAUCUUCUGUGAGCAAUUAGAUGCUUGGGGUUUGUUAUCUUUCUGUGGCAAGUUUUUCAUAAUUGAUUUCUACACCUUGUGGUGCCACCUUAAAUCUGUUGUUCUCAUACUGGACCACUAGAUGGAGCCAUCGGUCAACAGGAUGUCCCUCCCAUUCUCCAGCAGGAGGAAUAUGCUUUCAUUUGAACAGCACAGGUUAUUUCUCCAUUAUUCCCACCAUCGUAUUCUGAAUCCAUAGGUGACUUGUCAGAGUGUUAUGGUGUUAUUUGCACACGCAUUGCAUUUUGCCGUUGGGUUGCAGCAACACAUCAGCCUUAGUGGACAGAAGAUUACAAUUUUGGCAGUUUUUGUUGUUAUAUGAUAAAUUAUCAGUGCCAUUUGAAUUUCUUUCUUUCUAUACAAAUGCGUGUGUCAAAUCUAUACAUAGAUAUACAUAUAUAUUUUUGGUAUUUUUCUUUUCUUUUUUUGAUUACUCACAGCGAGAUGUUAUUUUGCACUAGUGGAAUUUUUUUUUCACCUUGUUCCAGAAGAGAUGCAGGGAAUAGGCUAGAAGAGAGGGAAAUGCUGAUGUAAUGGAGAACAGAAAAUGUUCUCACAGUGAUAAUGCUGCCAGAGGUCUGUAUUGCUUAUGUGAAUGUUUUUGGGUGGGAAUGUCAGUCAUACAGCCGGCGAUGGAAAGGUCUUUGUAGACUCAGUGAGAAUACCAAAUCAAAAGGAGCUGAAAUGAUGGAAACAUGGACCAAAGUGUUUGGGAAAUUGUCACGGUUAGCUUAGCGGAGGUGCUCAUAACUGAAAUGUGGUGACUGUAAAAAUGAUAAUGGUACAUAUAGAGUAGAUGUGACUUUAGUCGUGUAGAUAGGUCACGCUAAUUAGAAAGAACUACUUAAACAUCCAGUGGAAUCUUGUCUUUUUUAAGCAAUAUGUGUCUGUAGGAUUUCUGCCUCCUAACAAAGAGCAGGGGACUUAGUGGAAGGAAAAAUCAACCAAACUAUCUGUCUAAAUUACUUCUGCUGCGGAAAGUGAAGACUGCUGUCAACGGGCAGAAUGUGGCUGGAAAACUGUGUGGGGUAAUCACACACAGAGCAAAAAAAAAAAAUCAAAUAUCAAGUACAAACAAUCAAUACAAAUUAUUCCAGUGUAUUCCAGUCUGACACCUGACAUCACAGCAGAGAUCACAUACUUCAUUCGCUUUAUUUAGAACAUUUUAUCAGCGGCUUGUCCAUCAGAUAAAACGUGGUCAAUUACAGAACAAACUGGAUCCGGUUUUGUAGAACAACAUUUUCUGGAAGGCUUACCAAAAACUGUCUUUGAUAGUGUUUUCAUAUGAAGGGGAGCCAUGUAUAAUAUGAAAGAAGCCACUGGUGGUGAGGCGACAGUGAGCUUUACAGUUUCUCUCAGCUCCAACCUUUCUGUUUUUGUUCCAUUUAACCUUUGACCUUUGAUGAAGCUAAACUUAAAGCCCUGCGGACACUAAAUUCCCAGUAACAAAUGACACAGAGGACUAUUUAAACUCUUUAACCAUUCCUAGCAGGAAAUGAAGACCAAGAAAAGACAAGCGAUUACUGGACAUCAGUUUAUCUGCAAGAACACCUUCACGGUUCCUUCUGGUAUUUCCAUCAGGUCAGGAAACAACGCUGAUGAAAUACUACCGACUAGACGUAUUUCCCCUCCAUUUUGCUGAGUUUAACCUUAAUCCUAAACGUAAACCUAAUCUUAAACCUGGGCAAAGCAAACAAACUGAAUCAUCUGCAUGUGUGUGUACCGUUUGAGGUAACUGAUUGUAGAGUAGGGAUUAAAGUUUCUGCAGUUUUUGAGGAGGGAAACUUUUCGUAGACCAACGUCUGAAUAUGCAAGACCUGCCCAGAUUCAGUAGACAGAAUGCUCAUCCAUCAUAACGUCCUGCCUAUGUUGUGACAGCCUGACCUGUCCAGUUCUGAGCCACCUGCUCAACAGUCACCUGUUCGGGUCCAGGGACCACAGCGCGGUGGGAGGUAAUUUUUAUCAAGCCAUUUUACAGCUAGAUGUGUCGUAACUGUGUCAUAGCAUCACUGCUGGUGUCAUGUAAAUAAUGUGUACCAUACUUUACAUACUGUAAAGCAGACUGACUGAUAAAACUACCUAUGGCCAUCCAGCCAUAAAAAGUCUGGAAGAUUUCAAUAAAGAAUUAGCUGUGACAAUUUUAAACACA